UCCAGCAUUCAGCAUUGGCAGAUAGAUACGCACCUAUUUGUCGAGGAAAAAAUUUUCAAAUUAAAUUUUAUUUAAGAGAAUUUAUAAAUAUGAAAAGAAAUUAAAUUAAAAUUGGUGUUCUUGUUUUCUAAGGGCGUGCCCGAAAAGAGGAUAUAUUUGCAAUCAAAUGAAUCCAGGAGGAUUCUAUUGAAUUUUCGAAAACUCAAAAUUGAAGGUUUUGUAAUCAAGGGAUAGAACUAACUACAAAUAUCGAUGGAUCGGAAUCGUGUAACCCGUUGGGUGGGAAGUAGCCUGUGCCUGGCGCUGCUGCUAUUGGCCUUCACGAAACUGGAUAAAGUAAGUGCAUCCGAAGAUGAAGAACGCUUGGUACGUGAUCUCUUUCGUGGGUAUAACAAACUUAUACGACCCGUUCAGAAUAUGACACAAAAAGUUGGAGUAAGAUUUGGUUUGGCGUUCGUACAGCUAAUCAAUGUCAAUGAGAAAAAUCAAAUUAUGAAAUCAAACGUUUGGUUACGUUUGGUUUGGUACGAUUAUCAAUUGCAAUGGGACGAGGCCGAUUAUGGUGGUAUUGGCGUACUGCGUUUGCCGCCCGAUAAGGUUUGGAAACCGGAUAUUGUGUUGUUCAAUAAUGCUGACGGCAACUACGAAGUACGCUACAAGUCCAAUGUUCUCAUCUAUCCCACGGGUGAAGUGCUCUGGGUUCCGCCUGCAAUCUAUCAGAGCUCAUGCACCAUCGACGUCACCUAUUUCCCGUUUGACCAACAGACGUGUAUCAUGAAAUUUGGUUCGUGGACCUUCAACGGCGAUCAGGUGUCGUUAGCACUGUACAACAACAAAAAUUUCGUCGAUCUAUCCGACUAUUGGAAAUCCGGUACAUGGGACAUUAUCGAAGUUCCGGCCUAUCUAAACGUCUAUGAAGGUGACGGUAAUCAUCCAACCGAGACGGAUAUCACGUUUUACAUCAUCAUACGCCGCAAAACUUUGUUCUAUACAGUGAAUUUGAUCUUGCCUACUGUGCUAAUCUCAUUCCUAUGCGUCUUAGUAUUCUAUCUGCCUGCUGAGGCUGGCGAAAAGGUCACAUUAGGCAUAAGCAUUCUGCUGUCGCUGGUUGUGUUCCUGCUGCUCGUAUCAAAGAUUCUUCCGCCAACCUCGUUGGUGCUGCCACUGAUUGCCAAGUACUUGCUAUUCACUUUUAUUAUGAAUACGGUCUCAAUUCUGGUGACAGUGAUCAUCAUUAACUGGAACUUUCGCGGUCCACGCACACAUCGCAUGCCCAUGUGGAUACGGACUGUUUUUCUACACUAUCUUCCUGCCUUUUUGUUAAUGAAACGUCCGCGCAAAACAAGACUGCGUUGGAUGAUGGAAAUGCCUGGAAUGAGUAUGCCAGCUCAUCCACAUCCAUCUUAUGGGUCACCAGCUGAAUUACCAAAGCACAUCAGUGCGAUUGGUGGCAAGCAAUCCAAAAUGGAGGUUAUGGAGCUCUCUGAUUUGCACCAUCCCAAUUGCAAAAUAAACCGUAAAGUAAAUAGUGGUGCUGAAUUAGGAGGAAUCGGCGACCAAUGCAGGCGAGAGAGUGAGUCAUCGGAUUCGAUAUUGCUAUCACCCGAAGCUAGCAAAGCCACCGAAGCAGUGGAAUUUAUAGCAGAGCAUUUGCGAAACGAGGAUCUCUACAUUCAAACCCGCGAGGACUGGAAAUAUGUGGCCAUGGUGAUUGAUCGUCUUCAACUAUACAUCUUUUUCAUUGUUACCACUGCCGGCACAGUAGGUAUACUAAUGGAUGCGCCACAUAUAUUCGAGUAUGUAGACCAAGACCGCAUCAUCGAAAUUUAUAGAGGAAAGUAGACGAGAAAUUCAUCACAAGAAAAAAAAGCAAAAUGCAAAAAUUCAUAAUUGACAGUGCGGGUGUUUGCACUAAUCCGUUGUUAGUGAAUAAGCGAUUAAGCAAAUCAUAUUCAUUGGAAUCAAAUACACGUACAUAAGUACGAAAGUAAUAAAAGGCCAAUUAAAAAAAUAUUUCCAAGCUACUAUUGCCCAGCAAGCGACAACUCAUACCUAGUUUAAAUUAUUAGAAUUGAUUAAUGUUUGUUUUGUAAAUUUUUGUUCAAUGACAGUUAACAAGUUUAUAAUGUAAGUGCAAUGCUUCAGAGUGUAAGUUGAAUUUGUUACAUAUUUUAAUAGAUGCAUAUACAUAUGCACACAAUGCAGAUGAAUUUUCGGACUGUAGGUUUAACGAAUUAUAGUAAAUAAAUGGAAAAUAUACGCAA